AUGGCUACGCCUUCUUUUGAUCCGAACACAACCCCUCUAUCCUUAAAUCCAAGUGGCGCUCCACCGAACUUCGUUAAUCCUGAAUCUCAGGCUCCAACAGUCCUUAGUUCGGGUCUUGUGCUCAUUAUACUCAGCACUUUAUGUGUGUGCACUCGCUGGUAUAGUAGUUUGAAGAGCACGAGCAAACUUCACCUAGAUGAUUAUUGUGCUGCCUUUGGACUGGUAGGAGCAAUUGCAUACUGGGCCAUCAUUUACUCUUUGGCCAAAGAUGGCUGGGGAAGACACAGCUGGGAUGUUCCAUUAUCCUUCCUCGAUGACUUCUACACAAAUAGGCAAUUCGCGUCCCAAAUCCUCAUCUCGCCCGUCAAAUUUGCCAUCACGUCGGCCAUCAUCAUUCUCUAUGUGCGCCUUUUCGGAACGCUCAAAUGGGUUCGCAUCACAUCCUAUUUUCUCUACGUAUUCCUAUUCUUGAUACAGGUCCAAAAUAUCGGGAUUGCUUUGUAUUGGUACAUUCCGAGGGCGAGUGAUGGCAACAAUAUUCAAGCCGCCCUAAUGAGGACCGCAGAAACUGGCGCCUCAGCGAUCGUUAACGCUGCAUGUUCCACCGUUAUCGACAUUGUUCUCUUCAUGAUCCCUUUCAUCAUCGUGCCCUCUCUAAACAUGUCCCGCAAAAAAAGACGGGCUUUUUAUGCAGUAUUUUUGUUCGGAAUCCUAAUAAUCGUCGCUGAUUGUGUUGGUAUUGCCUAUAAGACAUAUGGUGUUCUUGGAAAGAAAGGAGACCCCUUUUGGAUUGGCAUGAUUUCUAUCAUCACUGUAUACGCCGAGACAUUCGCCCUCAUAAUAAUUUCCUGCAUACCAGGCCUCUCCGCCUUCUACGUCGGCACUUUCAUGAAAACCCGCUUUUACUCCUCCCUCCAAUACGGCCUCAUGUACCGAAUGCGAAGAUCCGAAAGAUCCGAAAGAUCUAACCUCCCUUCGGUCGAAGACGAUACCAACAGGUAUAAUAAGUCUAAUAAGUCUAAUAAAUAUAAUCCAUCGGUACAACGUCAGCCGAAUUCUUUGCACUCGACUAAGUCGUUGGUUGGUAGUAGUAAGAAUAUUUAUAUUGAACUUGAGCCGACCAAUACUUCGAAUGCUUCCCCAUAUUCGACCCUGGGGAAGCAGGAGAACGGCCAGAUGGGGACUAGUACAUGA